CGCGCGCUUUGCCUUGCAUUCGAAUUUGAAUUACGAACAGUUUCAUUUUCAAAUAAAAAACGUUAAAUGUAAUCCUAAAAAUAAAAAUUGCUUUCUUAUUUAUCAUUCAGCCGGUAUUAUUAUUUAUUAAGGCGCUACAUUUUUACAUUUUGAUGUAAAAAAAUAUAUUUUACGUCUUUAAUGUGAUCGAUUAUUUUGUGAAAUGUUAAGUGAGAACUUUCUACAUGAAAUGAUUUGUAAAGUCCGUUAACUUGUGAUGAAUCGAUGCCGUUAUAGUAUAUUAGAUUAGAGUGCAAAACCAGUGGAAGAUUGAGGAAAAUGACGCUAAACAAUACCCAUCCGCCGUACAGUCGUGUCACUAGUAAAUUGUUUGGGAAGAAAAACAAGAAAACUAAGAGACUGAAGCCCAAAGCUGGGACUUACGCUGGACGGGAACGUGCCAACACAGCGAUGGACAAUGAUGUGACGCCGGUGUACCUGGCGGCGCAGGAGGGACACCUGGCGGUCCUCAAGUACCUGGUGCUCGAGGCUGGUGGGAGGCUCGACGCACGCGCUAGGGAUGGCAUGCUACCCAUACACGCCGCCGCGCAGACUGGAUGCCUGGACUGCGUUAAAUGGAUGAUAGUAGAGCGCGGCGUGGACCCAAACGUGCGGGAUGGUGAUGGCGCCACUCCCCUGCACUUCGCGGCGUCUAGGGGACACCUGAGCACAGUCCGCUGGCUGCUGAGGCACGGGGCCAGACUUCACCUGGACAGACACGGGAAAAGUCCCAUCAAUGACGCAGCUGAGAAUCAUCAUUUAGAGUGUUUAAACGUGCUGGUGGCUGCUGGGGCCGCUGGUGCCGACAGCAAGCAGCUGUCGUCAUAUAAAGCUAUACACUCCUGCGCAUGUACUCCCGGAGACGCACGAUGCGCCCUCCCCAACUGCAUCAACGCCAACAGCACCCGCUCCCCGUUCUACCUUCACGCGCCGGAGAGGGAGCGUCGACCCUCGGUCCAGGAGCGUCGAGGCUCCCUGCCCUCCACGGCCGGCUCCAUCAGCUCGGCAAGGUCGGGGCCUGCUGACGGACUGUACGUGAACCCCAUGCAGCGGCCUACUGCCAGUGUCACCCAUCACAACUCCUCGGGAGAAGAGAGUUCUGCUUGUUCAGCAUCAGACGCGGAUACAGCGAACACGGGCGGUUGGUUCCUUCACGGCAACAACUCCGGCGCACCAGCUGCCUUGUACCAGCGCGUGAGGGACUUGUUCCACACGCGCUCUCCAGGACCGAGAGUGCCUGCUGAGGGACAGGAGGCACCUACGAUGACUGUGAAAGCCGAAAUCCACGGAUCUGCCGAGACGACGAUCGUCCCGGAGCAGUCGGACAGCGACAGCGGCGCCGAGGCGAACCGACGCGACCACCACUACGAGGACAUUUACAUGCCAAGGGAAGAACAGCAGAGGCGAAGGAGCAGUUCGCGCGACUCCGGCAGCCACAGCCGCCCGGGCAGCGCCGCGCUCGUCAUCGACUACUCCGGCAAGGACACUGACAACUCAAACAAAGCGUACGAAGAAGUGUCGCCGGUGUCGGAGAGCCAGAACAAGUCGUCGAUAGCUACGAAGUUAGCAGCGCUGACGCACAAAGCACAGAACUUCGCCAGUCGACUGUCGUCAGCGGCGGGAAGUCGCCGCGCGUCGGUAUCAGACGAGGCGACAGUCGUGCAAGCGUCCGCUUCAUCAGGAGUAUCCUCAGGCGGCAGCUCGGGAGACGAGGCACCACCGCCACCCCCACCACCUCCCGCGCCACCUGCACCACCACCACCAGUGGUGUUAGAAGAACCAGCGCUCAGACCUUCGGAGUUGAGAGGACGACUUGCGGGGCGGCGCGGCUCGGCGGCGUCCGCAGACGACGAGCGACCGCGCGGGCCCAACCUCGUCAACAAACAAGCAGUGCUCCCGUUCGUGCCUCCCGCCUUCCCUCACAACGCGCCCGAUCGGCUCAUCAAGCCAUCGGAAUACUUGAAAACAAUCACGGCUCCGUGCAAGCGGGACGAUGGCGCGGCGGAGGCGAGACCUCCGCCGCCGCCGCCCGUCCCUGUCGACAACGUGCCGCCGCCGCCGCCGCAGCCGCAGCCGCCCGUCUCCCACCAGCCCUUGGCAGCCAUCAGUAGUGCUGAGCUCACUGCUGUGCGCCUGAGGACUCCGGCCACAAAGACGCUGUCGGCACCGCCACCAGCUCGCUCCGUCAGUCUACAAUGUCUGCCAAGUGCCGCCGAAAACUACCGAAGCGCGAAGACGGAUUUGAUCGAGGAGCUGAAGAUGUCGAAGGAUAUCAGUGGGAUCAAGAAGAUGAAAGUGGAACGAGCGCGUCGGGAGAGCCUGCAGGACAAAGAGACAUUCACGGAGUUCACCAAGAGGUUCACCGCGGAGAACUUCGUCGAUCAGGGUUUUUCGCAGGUACCGGAACGGGACGCUGCUGGCAACAUCAUACCAGCAUGGAAGCGGCAGAUGCUGGCCAGGAGAGCGGCUGAAAAGGCGAGAAAGGACCUGGAGAAGGAACUGGCUAAUGAAGCAGAGAGGCGGCGCGCGGCUGCCGUCCCAGCGUGGAAGAGGCAGCUGUUGCAACGGAGAGAGGAGGCUGAGAGCAGGUUGAGACAAACCCUAUACACUCCAAAAGUGGAAGAGACCAACGGGCACACCAAUGGUGGAGAGUGGCGCGCGUACCCGAGCGGCACGCAGCGCGCCGUGUCCAUCGACAACAUCACGCUGUGCUACGACACGCCCUCGCAGCCGAUGCGGGCGCCCUCUGAAGCUAAGCUCUCCAGUGAUCAUUGCAAUGGUCAUUCGACAACAAACGGCAAACACGAGGAUGAGGAAGAAAGCGCCAAAAUAAUACCGUGGCGAGCGCAACUUCGCAAAACCAACAGCAAGCUCAAUCUACUCGAAUAGAUAAUUUAUUUUUGUAUUAAGCCUACUUAGUUUAGCAUUCUCUAUGGUUGAGACGGUUACAGAAUUCGAAAUUUAAAUGUUGAUAGUUUAAAAGAAAUCAAACGAUGUUAUGCCCAGUGUCAAUAUUGCGAUUAUGUUAUCACUUAAAUUAAAAGAAAAUAUUAUUGUAAUAAUUACACUUAGACUCUAACUUGAAUGUUUCAUGCUCUAUGACCGUCUCAACUAUAAAAAAUAAUUGUUAGUUAUGUACAUCAAAACGUUUGUAGCAACGCCAUAAAACGUAACAAGUUAUGACCGUUGCUGGUAAAAGUAAGUGAUUUAUGCCAAGAUUUAUACGUCGACAUAUAUAAAGGAAAUCCUACAAGUUUAAAAUUAAGUAGAGACUUAGAAAGUCGUGUUGCAUGUGUUUUUGUGAGAGUACGUCUUGAAAAUAGAUUUCAAUGUAUAAAAGAAUUAUAAAAGCUCCGUAAUAUCAUUUUGGUAGGGCAAGAAUCAAUACAUCUGUUCAUAGAUUUAUUACGUUUGUUUAUGGUAUUGGUCAUCUAUCUAGUGUCUAUGGACCGAUUUAUGGAUUCUUGCACUCACGCGCAGUAAGGGCUACAGUUUGACUAUUUACUUGACGUAAAUUCACAUCAAAACACGCGGCUUAAACCUAUACAUUUUGUUGUAUAAUUUUAAACGUUUUUCAUACAAAUUACUUUGAGAUUUCCAGCUAAAUUUUCAUACGUAUCCGAACGCACUGGAUACGUAUAUUAAAUUUAGUAACACGAAAACUUAAUUUUUAUAGGUACUUACUUAUUUUUACUGUAGUCAUGUAAAAAUGUAAAUCUACUUAUAUUUUAGAUUU